CCAAUCAAUAAAAGUCAAUAGCGAACUGAACCCGCAUCUUCUUCCCCAACCAAAGCUGUGUCCUGACCCUGCACACAGACGGCAACAAGACGAGGACACGUGGUAAUGAAUGCAAAUUCGUCCACAUUACGACAUCCCAAAUCGCCCAGCCGGGUUUUGCUGUUGCUGCUGUCAAUGACGAUGAUGGCCACUGAUGGUGAAAGCGAGCGCAAAUGAGCUAUCCCCGGAAUGAUACACGCAUUGCCGGUGAACUUUGCACACGUUUUAUAGGUUACCGAGCAACCAAAGAAGGAGGAGAUUGAGACAAACACGAGAAGUGGUGCGGCUUCAAGGCAUACCAAGUGGAAAACUGCCACCGGAAGUGCUCUCAAGCACCGCACUGCUAUCGCAUAAUUAAAUCAAAACUGAAAAGUUAGGUCAGGAACAUUCACUUGCGCCAGUACAUUCACCAAGGCCUGCUGCAGUGUUAGAAUCGACACAUCAAAGAAUCAUCCACAACAACGCUAUCCAAGCAGGCGUGAAGCGGAAAAACAAUGACAACGACACGUGGUGGUGCUGGUAGUAUUGCCAUCAUGGCAACCGUUCUGAUACUGAUUGUCAUCUUGGAUCAGGUUGUUGCGACGAGACCAGGAGCAGGUCACAGGCUAGAUGUUUACAUAGCCGGCUUUUUCCCGUACGGGGAAAAAGUAGAAAAUGGUGAAAUCGGGCGCGGUGUUAUGCCGAGUGUGAAAUUAGCACUGGAUCACGUUAACGAACAUUCCACAAUUCUCAGAAACUAUCGUUUACACAUGUGGUGGAACGACACUGCAUGCAAUGCUGCGGUCGGGGUCAAAUCCUUUUUCGAUAUGAUGCACUCCGGUCCACACAAGCUGAUGCUAUUUGGAGCGGCAUGCACCCACGUUACAGAUCCGAUAGCAAAGGCGAGUAAACAUUGGCACUUGACCCAACUUUCGUAUGCUGAUACUCAUCCAAUGUUUACAAAAGAUGCUUUUCCAAACUUUUUUCGAGUGGUUCCGUCGGAAAACGCUUUCAACGCUCCUCGGUUGGCUUUGUUGAAGGAAUUCAACUGGACCCGGAUUGGAACGAUCUAUCAGAAUGAACCAAGAUACUCGUUGCCACACAAUCACAUGGUUGCAGAUUUAGACGCUAUGGGUCUAGACGUUGUAGAAACACAAAGUUUUGUGUUCGAUGUCGAAGAAUCGCUUAUGAAGCUGAGGGAAAAGGACGUCCGAAUAAUUUUAGGAAAUUUCAACGAAUAUUGGGCACGCAGAGUUUUCUGUGAGGCGUACAAGCUUGACAUGUUUGGCCGUUCGUAUCAGUGGUUGAUUAUGGGAAGCUACAAUAACGAAUGGUAUGCAGAGAACGACACCGAUUGCAUGGUUGAGCAAGUGCGAAUAGCGCUAGAAUCGGCGAUAUUAGUCGACCUGCUGCCGUUAUCCACGAGCGGCGAUAUUACCAUAUCUGGAAUAACGGCCGAUGAAUAUUUAAAUGAGUACAACAGUCGCCGAGGUGGCGAAUAUUCCCGAUUUCAUGGUUACACCUACGAUGGGAUAUGGGCUGUGGCCAGUGCGAUACAGUAUGUAUCUCAACGCAAGGAGCAUUCUUUGACGCACUUUGAGUACCGGGUGAAGGAUUGGGAGAACAUAUUUCUGGAAGCUCUGAAGAACACCAGCUUCGAAGGAGUUACUGGACCGGUACGUUUUUACAACAAUGAACGCAAGGCAAGUUUUCUUUUGAAACAGUUCCAAAACAAUGAAGAGGUCAAAAUUGGUGAAUACAGUUCGCUUACCAAUCGAUUAGAUCUGACACUAGGCCAGCCAUUGAAAUGGGUGGGUCGAUCUCCACCUAAAGAUCGUACUCUACGAAUCAUCGAACACAGUCAGGUGAAUAUAACAAUCUAUGUAGUACUGGCGAGCACGUCAUGCGUUGGAAUUGUUAUGGCCAUUGUGUUUUUAGCCGUCAAUAUCAAGUUCCGUAAUCACAGAUACAUUAAAAUGUCAAGUCCACAUUUGAACAACUUGAUCAUCAUCGGAUGUAUGUUGACGUACGUAAGCGUAGUCUUUCUGGGGCUAGACAGUGGAUUAAGUAGUGUGGCUGCGUUUCCUUACAUCUGUACGGCACGAGCUUGGCUUCUAAUGGCUGGUUUCAGCUUAGCCUUCGGAGCGAUGUUCUCAAAAACUUGGCGAGUACAUUCGAUCUUCACUGAUCUAAAGCUGAACAAAAAAGUAAUCAAAGAUUAUCAACUAUUCAUCGUUGUCGGAGUGCUCUUGGCCAUCGAUCUUGCGAUCAUGACAACCUGGCAAAUAGCCGACCCUUUUUACCGCGAAACGAAACACAUCGAACCUUCGGAACAUCCCACAUUGGAAGAUGUGAUCAUCGUUCAGGAAAACGAAUACUGUCAGUCGAGUAAAAUGACUAUUUUCGUUGGGGUUAUCUACGCCUACAAGGGUUUGCUACUAAUAUUUGGAGCCUUCCUAGCUUGGGAGACCCGUCACGUGUCUAUUCCGGCGCUCAAUGAUUCCAAACACGUAGGAAUGUCGGUGUACAACUGUGUGAUUAUGUGUGUCAUGGGAGCAGCGAUCGCAAUGGUGUUAUCGGAUCGAAAGGAUGCAGUGUUUAUACUGAUAUCACUGUUUAUCAUAUUCUGCACUACGGCAACUCUCUGUUUAGUUUUUGUACCAAAGCUUGUUGAACUGAAACGUAACCCAAGUGGAGCAGUGGAUAAGAAAGUUCGUGCGACGCUGCGACCCAUGUCAAAAAAUCGUCGUGAUUCGUCGGUAUGCGAGCUGGAACAGCGCAUGCGAGACGUCAAGCAAACUAAUUGCCGUUUCCGCAAAGUACUGAUGGAAAAAGAAGCUGAACUUCAAGCAUUGAUCAAGCGACUCGGGCCGGAUGCUAGGGCGUGGAUAGGAUUGGAAACCAGUGCAUCCGAACCGGAUGUUAACAAAGAAUCGGCCAAAAUACAAGUAAAAAAGGAUUACGCCAGUGAAGGAACUGAGUUCACAUCGGUUGGAAGUUUAGUGUCCAGCAAUGAUACACUGGAUUCAGUUGGUCCGGAAAGGAAAAAGAAGACCACCGUGGUUCUUCCUGGGGAAGAACCUCCGGCUAAGGUAGCAGUAUCUACUACGAUCACCAACAACUCAUUACCCAAGGGUAACUUAGUUCAUACAAACUCCAUUACAACGAUAGGAAUUGCCAAUGCAGCUGUAGCAGUUUCGACUCUACCGAUUGUAGCGCCUGGUAAUACCACAACUACGGCAGCACAAACGAUUGUCACAACUGCCGCACAAACUGGCACGCCCAAAACCUUGAUCCCGACAGUAAACAAUAUCGUCGGUACCUGUACUAGCGUACCCCAAGAUCCUAACAAACCUAUGUUCAACGAUGUUCGACGAGACUCUGUAUCGAGUUCGAAAUGGUCACCAGGUCAAAUCAAGGACCGCUAUGAUGACGAUCGUACGUAUCAAAACAUCUCCAAGUCCAGUACUCAAGUAAACUGCACAUCAGCCACAUCAUUAAACCAUUCCAACAACGAGCUUAAUCAAGUUUGCCAUCAUAAUAAGCCUAAUCAAAAAACUAGAGAAUCAAGCAACGAUCAGGCUAGGCGAGUCAGCGUUCAAGCAUCUAAUUCGCUCAAAGGAAACUUUGUCGUUUCGCAAAGUGAUCUUUGGGACACCCAAACUCUAAAUUACGCCAAGCAGCACCAGCGGCAGUCUUCUCGUGGACAAAACCGUUGUCCAGAUCACAGUCACGCACAAACGCAACAACCGUCAGCACCUGUACAGCAGCAGGCGCCGCACGAGAGUGAGAGAGAAAACGGUACUGCGACUUCGCCGGGUCCCAUCCAGCGUAGCGUAUCGGAGAAGAAUCGCACAAAGCAUAGACACAAGCAGAAAAGCACGGCAUGUCAAAGCGAAACGGACAGCGAACGAGAACAGCGAGACUAUUCGUCGGUAUAUUCUAGCGGAAGUACUGCAGGAAUUGUAUCAAUGCCAGUCAGCAGCGCGACACCACCGAAGGUCAGUUCACGUAGACUGUCGAAGUCGCAACAUUCACACCACCAUUCGACGCCAAAUGUGGCUCCGGAGAAGAAACAUUCCCUGUCAGGUCCUGGCGGCAGUACGCACAUUCGACAUCGGAAAAAGGAAUCAAGUUCCAAGCCGAAUCUGUACGGCGCUUGCUCGGAAUCUGAGCUGCUGGAUGGUGACACCGCAAUAUUGCCGAUCUUUCGGAAACUUCUCAACGAAAAGGACUCUAGAUAUAGGAAUACCGUUGGUGCUAGCUGCCCAAAUAUAUCGAUAAAAUGUGAUAUUGUUGAAUAUCUGUAAAACGGUUCAAUCGUUGGGUUGUGUUUUUGAUGUUUAAUUGUUUGAUUUCAUAAAUCAAACUGGCGCUAUUCGGAGUGGUGGAUUUGUUUUGAUUAUGAUUAAUUUUGCUCGAAAUUUCGUCGCUAAUUUUUUUUCGAUGUUUUAUGUCUUUUUUUAUCCAUGAAACGAAAGAAUACGUUUUGUAGUUUGAAGCUACGUUUCACAUUGUUUCAUUUGAAAUUUUUAACAUCAAACUAAAACCUUGUACCUUAAUGGCAUUAAAAAGAAUUCAUACCUUUAAGGUUUGAAGCAAAAAUCGGAAAAUUUUUGAAUCAUCGUAUCCAAAAAGAGCAACGUUAGACACAACAAUGUUUUUUUUUGAAAAAAAAAGUCAUUUUUUCACCUUGUUCGUUUAUAUAUUUCAGAACUGAGUUGUUCUCAUAGAAAUGAGCAAAAUAAUAUCAUCAAACUAUAGUUUUUCUUGUUAUAAAGAGUAUUCUCUUAAUAAAUGUUAUGAAAAAUUUUCAACUAUAUUUCGUACCCUCAUACAAUAUCUUCUGAUGAAUACGGGCUUUUAGUAUUGAUCAGCUUUGAUUUUCGAGAGUAAAUUUAGGUUGCAACCAUAGUAUGUCUAUAUGAGGUGCUACGGAAUUUUGAAUCAGUUCAUUCUAAUAAAUAGAUUACCUUUAUAUUAUGUUUAAAUGAGUGGCAACCCUUUCAGCUGACGUAGAUGUAGAGUUGCGUAAUUAAUCGUUUUUUACUUUUAUACAUAAAUGAAUGGUAGAGCAAGCUAUACUAUCAAUCACAAACCCCCCGAAGCACAGAAUAUGCUGGACAGAAACGUUGAUCGUAAUUAUAGGAACCUACGUACUUUUCACCCAUUCGGCCACGCAAUCUGUAAAUAUAGAACAUUAUUUCCUUUACAUGCGAUAGAAAAGUCCAUAAAUUAAAAUACGACGAGAUUCGAAAUCAGAAAAUGUAAAUAAUCAAUCGUAGCACUUUUUGUAGGAACCCCCGUUCAAAUCAAUGUGAAGAAAACAUAGAAAUUAGGACCCAACAUUUAAAUCUUGAGAAAAUAUUUUGAAGGCCUCCAGGAAACACACUUACACUAGCGCAGAUAAAAUUCAAUUCAAAAUGGUAAUGUAUCAGGAAGAUGAAUCAUCUAUUUGCAACAAUAGGUUCAUAAUAGUGCAUGACAAACAUGUUCAAUGGCUAUAUCUAACAGAAAAUAAAAGACGCUGAUGUAACUGAUGUAAAAUAGUGAUCCUUAUUAGAUGAUGAGGUAAUCUCAAGCAAAUCAUGAAAAACUUCACUAGAAAUACGCAAAACCGCGACGGAUAUAGGAAUAUAGCUAGAUAUAUCGGAAACGAUAAUCAAUUUACCGAUAUUGUAUUAGAAAUAAUGAAAUCAUUAUUGAAAAUGUAAUUUAAAAAAAAAAUAAAUCCAUUUUAAAUGA